GUUAUUUAAUUUAAUCUUCGUUUUAUUUUCUCUAUAAUAAAUAUGGCAACUGUUAUUGUGGAACAAAAUAAUAAUUUACAACACAGGGACGUUGAUGAUAAUGAAGAGUUAGUUAUUAAUGAUAACAAUAAGGAGAAUUUAAUGAAUGAAAUUAUAAAAACAUCUUGUGAUAAUAUUACACAUAAUCAAUCCAAAGAUGAUAGUUUGGAAAAAGUUCUAAAAGAAAUGAAUUCUGAAGUUAUAGCUAACUGUGAUAAUGUAGAUAAUAAUAUUAAAAGUGUCUUAGAUUCAGAUAAUACAGAUAAAGAUAUUUUAUUGGAAAGUAAUGAUCAAAUUAAUAUAGUUAAAUCAUCAUCGAAGAAGUAUUCAAAUGUUAUAGACAGUGAUUCCGAAGACAGUGAUAUUGGUAUUUCUUCAUCGCAUAGGAGGAAAAAUGUUAUUGACGAUGACUCAGAAUCUGUUAUUUCUAAUGUUAGUUCAGAAAAAAAUAUUAUUAAAAAGAAGAAAAACAAGAUAAUGUUAAUUGAUGAUGAUGAUGAUGAUGAUGAUGAUUCUGUUAGCGCAUCUCAAAAUUCAAUAGAAAAAAAAGAAAGCUCCAAUAAACCAGUAAAAAGAUUUGAAAUGCUGGUUGAUAGCGAGUCAGAUGAAGAUGAAAUUCAACCGUCAACUUUUGUCGAAAAUGAUAACAAAUUUACGGUAUUAAAAAAGGGAAAUAAAAGUAUGACCAAGUCAACGAGUAAGAAGAAAGAAAGCAUUAGGAAAAGUUCAAUCAGAGCUUCUAAAAAUGAAGCAAUGAGACAAAUUCAUAGUGAAACUCAACGAUUAAUUAGAGAAACUGAAUUAUCCUUACCAUAUCAUAGACCAAAACCACGAACAUUGCAGGAAUUUUUAAAUAGAAAAAAAGUAUCCGUAACUCUUCCCAAUGCACCUACGACUGCUACUAAACUCAAAAUGUCUUCUGCUAUUGUAAGCAAAGUACUUGAAGAUAAAGAAAAAGAAGCAGAAGAAUUUUACAAAUCUUCUGAUUCGGAUGAAGAAAUAGGGAAAGUAGAAAAUCCUAUUUCUGAACUUACAAUCAAAGAUGCUAGCACAUCUCCAGUUGGGAAUGGAACGACACUUUUAAAUGAUGCCGAUUGUAUUUUUAUUGAAAAUGUUGAAAAGGUAAUGACUAAUGGUACCAAAAGUUCUUCCAUUAACGAAGAUAUUUCACAUUGCGAAUCCACUGUAAACAAUAUUUCAGAAGGAUUAUUUAUUGAUAAUAAUGAGAUAAAAGAUACAGCAGAUUUAAGUGAUAAAAUAGAAAAAACUGAUUUAUCAGAGAAUAUUAUCCAUGAUCAUAAUAAAAAUGAUGAAACAAUUGUACAAGAAAUAAUAAAUAAGUUACUGGAUCUAGUGGAAUGUGAAGUUAAAAAAUACGACGAAGAUAUAUUAGAAAAAAAUAUUGUAUUGGAAAAGACAAAUGAAAUAUGUUUAGAAGAAAAAGAAAAUGAAGUAUUGGAAGCUAUUGAUGCAAAUAUUUCAUUGCACGAAAAUGAUAAUGAUAAAUUGCAUGAUCAAGCUAGCGAUGAUAACCGAGAUAUAGAAACCUCUGUGUUGGAAAAUACAAUAGAAAAAACAGCGGAGUGUGUACAAGGCUUACCGUUACCAGAUUUUGUCGUUGAAGAAGAAAACAGUGCUAGAAAACAAUUACUACUAGAUAUUAAAAAAAAUGUAGAGCCACGAUUAAAAGGCUCUCCAGGUAUGAUAAUUGAUUUAUCGCGUGACGUAAAACCAAACAAGAAAGGCGUGGAAAAUUUAAUAAAUAGAUUUUUUGUCAAACAUACUGCGGGCGAUAAAAAUGCAGAAGAAACAACCGAAAUAAAUGUUCUUCACAUAGAAAAUACUACCGAUGGAUUAAAGGCAGUUAAACGUUCGCUUUUAUAUAAAAAGCCAAUUAUUGAAAAAGAAGAUCCAGAAUUAUCUAAGCCUGGAGCUAAAUUGAAACGUCUGAAAGAAAACCUGAAACUUAAAAUGGCUAUGAAACGUAACGAAGAAUGGAAACAAAAGGAGCAAGAGGAAAAGGAUAAGGAUGAAUUAGAAGAAGACGAUGUAGGCAUAGAUAAUAACGAGAUUGAAGAAAAGUUACUGGAUGAAUCUAGCACAAGCGGAGAAAGUGAACCAGAAGAGAACGAUAUACCAAUGGUAGAUAAAAAAUACAAGUCUUUGUGUGAAUUUGCGGACGAUGAAGCAAUGGAAAGUGAAAUUGAAGAUGAUGAUAAUGAAGUGGAGGAGGAGAAAGAAGAAAAUGAAGAAGAGGAAGAAGAGGAAGAGGAAGAGGAAGAGGAAGAGGAAGAAGAAGAGGAAGAGGAAGAGGAAGAGGGAGAGGAGGAGGAGGAGGAGGAGAACAACGAUGAUAAUAAUGAACAAAAUAAUGAAGACACAAAUGAUGAAAGUAUUGGCAUUAAAAAGAAAUGGAAACCGAAGAGAAUCAUAAAAGCGUUUGAAGAUGAUUCUAAUUUGUCGUCGUCAAAAAGUUCAAUGGGUGAGACUAAUGAAACGAAGAAAAAAGUUUUUAAAAGAAAUAAAACAGACGUGGAUAUAUUUGAAACGAUUGAUGAUAAUUGUCAAAGUCAAUGGAACAGCGACGAAGAAAAUUAUAUUUCAAUUUUUCAAAAAAAUAAUCAACAAUCAGAUUUAACGCAAAUAUGUAAGACGCCAUUGAUUAAAACAAAUGUUCUUGAUUUUGUAUCUCCGAUUACUCAAUUAACAAUACUACAUGCAAACUCGAAUUCUUCUAAAAAGAAUUCAGCUAAGAAAGAGUUUGUAUUUGGUAAUGAUGUCGAUUCAUUAUCUCAAACGCCAUUCGAUACAUCUAAAAAUCGUUUUAGUAUAGAUAAGCGAUUAGGACCACAAAAAAAGCUUUUCGAUGACUAUAACGAUGUAGCUAAUGACGAAGAUCUCAUGCAAUUAUGUUCAGGAGCAUUUCCAUCUAUGCAGAUGAUGAAAUCAAAUCCAAUAUCAUCGGAACAAACAUCUUCAUUGACAAUGAAUGAAUUCAACAAAGAUAUGUCAGACGUAUCAAAAUCAGACAAAAAUAUAUUGUUUGAAAACGACAAUUCUCAAGACAUAACGCUCUUUUUGGAAGAAAAUUCUGUUUCACCUAGCAAUAAUUAUAAAGAUAAAGAAAAAGAAGAAGAAAAUUCGAAAAACGCCGAAGCUACGUGGAAUAAAUUAUCGGUCAUAUUAUCGUCUGACAGCGAAGAUGAUUCUAAUCACAAAGGUAAAGUAAAAGUAAUGAAAAAACAUCCUAAAAAAUUAGAAUUAUCCGACGACGACGACGACGACGACGACGAGGAAAACGAUAAUCGUCGGGUUAACGUAGAAUCGGAUGAGGAAAAAGUAAACGACGAUUACGUUGAUUACGAUUCCGAGGAAAAUGAAGUUGUUCAACCGAAGAAGGGCAAGAAUAAAAUUGCUGCUGAAUUUUUGGAAGAAGAAGCCGAGUUGAGCGAAAGCGAUUGGAAUUCCGCAGACGAGGAUGAACAAGAUUUGGAUAAAUUGGAAAUAGAGGAAGGAGACGAGGAUGAUAUCGAUGAAAAUAAAGUGCAUAAUCAAUUGGAAAAAAUUCAUAUGAAACAAAUGUUAGAUCAGGAUCAAAGGGAGGUGAGAAUGUUACAAGAAUUAUUAUUCGAGGAUGGUGAUUUGUAUACCGAGGGUAGCGGACGAGAAAGAAAAUUCAAAUGGAAAAAUAUAGAUAAACUUGGUGAUAAUAACGAUGCUUCUAAUGUCAACGAUGAUACGGACGCCGGAUUCGAUGCGCAAGAAAACGAGAAUGAAUUAGAAUGGUGCAAACUUCGGCACGAAAGAGACAAAUUUAUCGAGGAGAAAAAGAAAGCAGUAGACAAAGAGAUCGAAGAGGAUUUGGAAAAAAGUGAAAUCUUUAAUUUUGGCGUGAAAUUAUUGAAAAAUAAAAUCGAAUCUAAACAAUCGGAGAAAAAGGAUUGUUUGGAAAAUAAUUUGCCUAUGAUAGAACCGAUAAUGCCACGUAAUUUAACCGAUUUAUUGAACUCACCUGCAUUAGAAGGAAGGAGAAGCGUGAUUAAAACAAUUAUGAAAAAACGUUCGUUGUUAUCACGAGGAGAAGAGGAAUUGGAUCGUCUAGCCAAAAGAGUAAGACUGAACGAUACGAUCAAUUUGGCGCCAAUGAAUACUAAGAACUUUGUGUUCGCGCAUGUAACCCCGUCGACGAAGACAACCGAUGACGAAGAAAACGAAAAUAUCCGCAAAGAAAAUGAAAACGAGUCGACGUCGAAUGAGAAAAAGUUCCAACGUAGAAAGAGGAAGGCGGUGGCGUCGGCGUCGGGUUUGGCGUCGGGUAGUAUAACGACGCCUAAAAGAACAAUGAAACAACAAGAAGGAAUGGAUAAGAAAAGAAAGAAAAUAUUUUAAUAUAAAUACAAAUUUUUAUAUAUAUAUAUAUGCAUAUACGUACCGGUUAUAUAGUUGUAUAAUAAUUUUAUUCUUAUAUAUUAUAUUUCGAUGUUAGAGAGGCUACGUUCGAAAUAUUGUAAAUAUCGUUAUUAUUAUUAUUAUUACUAUUAUUACUAUUAUUAUUAUAAGCGAUC